UGUCAAAGAGAGCGGGGUGGCGCCCGGAGUCAGAGCGCCAAGUCCCCGCUCCAGCUCCCUACUCCUGGCUCCUGGUCCCCAAGCCCUGGCUGCAGCCAUGAACGGCGAGGAGCAGUACUACGCAGCCACGCAGCUUUACAAGGACCCGUGCGCGUUCCAGAGGGGCCCCGCGCCAGAGUUCAGCGCCAGUCCCCCCGCGUGCUUGUACAUGGGCAGCCAGCCCCCGCCGCCGCCGCCGCUCGCGUUCCCCGGCUCGCUGGGCGCGCUGGAGCAGGGUAGCCCCCCAGACAUCUCUCCGUACGAAGUGCCGCCCCUCGCCGAAGACUCUGCAGUGGCGCACCUCCACCACCAUCACCUUCCUGCUCAGCUCGCGCUCCCCCAUCACCCCGCCGGGCCCUUUCCGGAUGGAACCGAGCCUGGAGCCCUGGAGGAACCCAGCCGCGUCCAGCUGCCUUUCCCGUGGAUGAAGUCUACCAAAGCUCAUGCGUGGAAAGGCCAGUGGGCAGGCGGCGCCUACGCUGCGGAGCCGGAGGAGAACAAGAGGACGCGCACUGCCUACACGCGCGCGCAGCUGCUGGAGCUGGAGAAGGAGUUCCUAUUCAACAAGUACAUCUCCAGGCCGCGCCGGGUGGAGCUGGCCGUAAUGCUGAACUUGACCGAGAGACAUAUCAAGAUCUGGUUCCAAAACCGCCGGAUGAAGUGGAAAAAGGAGGAGGAUAAGAAGCGCGGCGGCGGAAUGGCGGGCGGGAGUGGCGGAGGCGCCGAACCGGAGCAGGACUGCGCGGUGACGUCGGGCGAGGAGCUGUUGGCGCUGCCGCCGCCCCCCACUCCCGGGGGGGCUGGCACGCCCCCGCCGCCGCUCGAGAGGGCCGUCUGCCUCCCGGCCUGAGCGCGUCGCCGCAGCCCUCCAGCGUCGCACCACUGCGGCCGCAGGAAUCCCGGUGAGAGGAAGGGUGCUCCCUGUCGGCGGAUUCGACCACUCCCGAAGGAGGGGGAGCAGGUCUAGGACCCUAGGUGUGGACACGGGCUCCGGCGGCUGCAUGGGGCGGGAACUGCCGGGGCGUCCACCUAGACUGCAGGGAAGAACCCGCUCUCCCCGGCGCUUGUGCCCAUUGGGGCGUCACUGAGAUGCUGGCAGAUCUUCCCGAAGGAGAGCAGACUUUCGUAGUGUAAUAUCCUGGGCCUCUCCUGGCGGCAUUACUGGCUUGGCGGUGUCUGUCGCUGCUGCGCACAUCCCUCUCCGCCGCCAGCACUCGACCGCGCAGCCUCUCCAAAGACGAUGCAAACGGCACUGAUCCCCGUGCUCCGGGGGCCUGCACCUGCCCAGAGACAGCCUUUCUUACUUGGACGACUACUUGACAUUAGACAAUCAUCGUAAAGGAAAUCUUUGAGGGUUCGGAGAUGCAGCGACAAUGAUACCCCGAAAAAGAACUAGCCCUCCUCCUUCUGGAUUUUUUUUUCCCUCUCGUUUUUUUUUGCGCUUCUCUUUCCUACUCCCUCCUCGAACUCUUUAUUCAAUUUUUCUCUUUCAUCCUCGUCCUGGACCUGCUUACUUCACUAGCGUCCAUCCUUUAACCUUUUACCUCUUUUCUCUGAAGAAAAGAAAAUCUCCUACAAGGCUGGCUGGGCAGCGGGACUAGGGCGCAGGCAGGGAGAGUCCCUGUGUGUUAGUAGUGCCUGAGACGCUGGCUGAGGAGGCAAGGGAGACCUGCCUGGAUCCAGGGCUGAGGGAGCCCCGUGCACCCCUGAGUGCUCAGAGAACCAAGGCUUCUUGAGGCUUUCUGUGUAGGAUGUGGAUCUUGUUCCUGGCCUCAGGGCUGUACAGCCUAUGCUGAGGAUAAGCAGCGCGGCCUGGGACACCUCCGAGACAAAAACUAUUCACCAAGUCAGUAGGCUUUCCACUAUUUUUAGAAAUUACAAAAAACAUAUGUGAUUGGAGGGUUUGGAAAAAAAAUCUUUUUAUUUAAAGUUUUAAAAUCAUCUGACAGUUUUUAAACCAUCAGGUCUGUAGUUUCCAGGCCAGUUCCUCCUUUCAAGGUGUGGGUCUUGUGUUCAGGUUACAUUGGUGGAAAAUGCUUAAUAAAAGCAAAUGCCAUGGAACGAGAUGAACAUGGAUUCUUCUCACUUUGUUUCAAACCUUUCCUACAGUGCAAUGGUUUCAAUGACUUUUUAAAAUUAAGCCGGCAUGUAUUCUUUCUGUAGUAACCAGGGAAACGCAGGGAAUUAAAACACCGCACUUGGGUUCAAGCUAGAACAGCAUAAUGAUUUUCCAUUUUUGUUUUAU